CCUCAGACUGCUGAGGCGGUGGAGGCGGUGGCGGCCAUUUUGGAGCAGGGCGCGGGGCCGGACGCAGCGGAGGGAGCGCGGAGCUCCCCCCUCGUCGCCAUGGCAGCUCCGCUCGGUACCGGCGCCUUCACGGAGGAGACCGGACAGGAGAAACAGGACACUCAGGAGAAGGACAAAGCCGUGGCCCCCGAGAGGGCAGAAGAGGCCAAGCUCAAGGCCAAAUACCCCAACCUGGGCCAGAAGCCCGGAGGCUCCGAUUUCCUCAUGAAGAGGCUGCAGAAAGGGCAAAAAUACUUCGAUUCUGGCGACUACAACAUGGCCAAGGCGAAGAUGAAGAACAAGCAGCUGCCGAGUGCAGGGCCUGACAAGAACCUGGUGACAGGAGACCACAUCCCCACGCCCCAGGACCUGCCUCAGAGAAAGUCCUCGCUCGUCACCAGCAAGCUGGCGGGGUAGCCUGCACUCUCCCCUGGGGGCUGCCCCUCUUUUUGUCUCUUUUCUUUUGGCUAAAUGGAUUGAACUUCACUGUACCAUAGGGACGGGAGCACCAGAAUCCACGUAGUUGUUUGAGUCUUUCCAGCGAACACACCCCAAACCUGAGUGGAGGGGCAGGGUUGGGUUGGCCCUUCCUCUCAGGGAGGCUUUGCCUUAAUUUUCCUGCUGUUUGAAACCAUCCUGGCUCACAGAGCCAUUGGAACGCUGCCUCUUCGCUGGGAGGAGCGGGAGAGGGCUCGGGGGAGGCACCUGGAGGAGGGGAGAGCGUGGGGCUGAGGCGUGGGAGGGGAUUUCGGGCGUUGGGGGUUGCAGAGACCGACCCAGCUGGGCAGGAGGUGUGAUCCCAGACCUGGAAAGUGAUCCCAGACCUGGAAAGUCUGAUCCCUGAUCUGGCAGGUGUCAUCCCAGAUAGGGAGAGUCUGAUCCCUGACCUGGCAGGUGUCAUCCCAGAUAGGGAGAGUCUGAUCCCUGAUCUGGAAAGUCUGAUCCCUGAUCUGGUAGGUGUGAUCCCAGACCUGGCAGAUUUGAUCCCAGACCUGGCAGGUGUGAUCCCAAGUCUGAAGGCAUAGUCAAGUGUUUGCGUCAAGAGCUUCAAAGUGAAGAAAUUGGCUGAGAUGAAGAAAGAAUUCCAGGGGGCUGGUGUUGGGCUGAGCUGUCUGGGAUCUGUCCCUGGCUCAGCUCACGGGGUACAGCGUGUCCAGGGCUGUGGGAGAGGGUUUGGGCAGUGUUUGAAACAUCCCUGUGGCUGGUUUGGGGGUAGAGCCCCAGCACAGCUGCCCCAAGGCCAUGGGGCAGUUUCUGUGUCCCUGGUCAGUUCUGCUCCGUGUCUGGCUGAGGGUGAGGUGAGGACAGCUCCUCUCCCAGCACCAGGGAGGUGGGAGCUGAAUGCAGCAGGAGCUGAGGAUGCAGCAGAGCCCUGCCCAGGCACCUGCAGCCCCAAAUUUGGGUGCUCACAAAGGACCAGCACAGCCAGGGAGAGAGAUUUGUGCUGCUGGAACUGAUACUGGAGGGAGAGAGGCAGGACUGGGAGUAACCACCCAGAAAGGGAUAAAAAGCACCAGAGUGGAAUUUGAAGUGUUGAGGCAAACCUGUGUUUCGAAAAUGUUGAGCAUCCUAAGCUUGGAUUCCUUUUUUCUCCUGUUUUUUUCCCUUUUUGUGUUUUCUUUGUCUCAAGCCUGGGGAAAACAAAACAAAACCCCCGAACUAACACCAACAUCACAACAACAAAAAGCCCCAAACCUAACAACCUGUUGCUGCAGCCCUGCAGAACCACACGUGCUGGGGUGGCCCUGUCCCCUCCUCGUGCCCUGGAUCCCAGCGGCCUUUUCCCCUGCAGCGGGAGGUGUGGGCACACCCGUGCCAGGGCAUCCCGAAACUUGCCCCAGUUUCAGCCCCAUUCUGGAAGCACAAGGGCCAAAGGGAAGGGGAGGCAGGAGUGAAGGAUGCUCGGGCAGGGCUUUCCUUCUGCUGUGUUCCUGCUCGCCCGGGCGUUCCCUGGGAAUCUGUGUCACCUGUGUCGCUUUGCUGGCGCUGGUCGGACCGAGGUGUUGCUUCCCGGGAGUGUUUGCCGAGGGUGUGCUGGAAUGCGUGUGUGCCUCCGGGUGGUUCCUGGAUCCUCCCCUGAGAAACAGGCUCUGGGGGCCUUGGGGCUGCCCCUGGUCACUCUGGGGAAGGGGCCAGGAAUGUGGUGGGACUGGGACCUGCCCCUUGUCCCCACGGGGUCCUGCUCUGGGCUCCAGCACUUUUCCAGCCCUUGUGUGACCUGGCCGGGGCAGUGGCUGCACACCCUCCUCGGAUGUCCUGCUGUGUGUCCCAGCCAUGUUGUAAAUAGAUACAAAUAUAUUUAAAAAUAUAUAAUUUUUUUACAUGUUCA